CCCUGUGGAACGUUGCUAGAGGUGAGCCUAAGGCUGGUCUGGAUGCAGACACCAAGUCCCUGCAUAUAUGAGUGGCAGGGCUCCCUGGGAAAGACCCUGGGCCCCAUCACCAGGUCUAGGUGGGUCCAUGUGGGUCACUCCGCCCCUUCUCAUGGCUGAGAGUUGGCCCCUCUAAAUAUAGCACAGUGGGCUGAGCUCAGGCCUAUUUUCAGCCCAGGCUGGGAGGUGGCCAGGCCUUCCCCAGGCUCUCAGAGGAGCCACUGCUGCCUCCACCCAGUCCUGCAACUGGGCUCUGUCAUCGGCCCCCUGCUUGCCCACCACUCGCCAUGCCCAAGGAGACCCAAGAAGGUAGGUAAUGCCUGUGAGGGAGGGUAAGGCCCCAAUUCUGUGGAUCAUGGAGAAACCUGGCCCCUGCCCCACUGACUUCACUUCCUUGACUGACUAGUCAUUAGUUCCCGUGUCCCAUCUCAAGUAAAGGGACCUGUUUCCUGUGUGUGGAGGAAGGGCCUACCAUGCCUGGAACACCUCCUCACCUCAGGCCUGUUCCUAUUGCUGGGGACAGCAGGGAGGGGCUGGGGGGAGCUUCCCAGUUGGAGGGGAGUGAACUACAGGCUGUGCCCAAGUGGGUGUCAGUCAGGCAGGCUGACCAGUUCAGUUCUUCCUUCAGGGAAGACACUGGGAUUGUGGGUAGGCAGUGGUUUUGGAAAGCACUUGGGCACACUGUCCAGGGACUGGGAGUGGAUAGGCUUCUGGCCUCCAACUUGGGCCUGAGUGGCCCCAACUCCCUAAAGGUUGGGAUCCCUAGGUCUGGCCCGACUGUUAAGUCUUCGGUGGCCAUUUUCCUAUUUGCCCCCACUGCAUGCAAAAAGUACAGAGACACAGAGGGGCCAGGGCAGGGACCUAGGAAGCCUCAGGUACAGUGCUGGCCAGGAUGCAGGACCAGCUGUUCCAAGGUUCAGCUUGGCUCAGCUAGUCAAUUCCCACUCAUUACAUUUUCAACACAUGACUCUGGGUGGGAGGGGCCUGGCCCCGGAGGUAGGGGUGUCUUAACAAUGGUUUACUAUGUUUUUCCUGGUAACAGACAGAAUCCAAGCUCAAUUUACAGCGUGGGAAAAGCACAGCCACGUGCAAAUGGGGAAUUUAAUACAACCCUCAACCCACCAGCACCCAAACAGAACGACAGCAUCUGUUUUUACUUACUUUUGAGCAUGUCAAGGGCCAGCGUCAGGCAAAUCCUGAAGGUUGAGGUACUGUUCUGAAAGUGAUAGACCCAGAAAGUCCAGUCACCCUUGCCCCAUCAGGAGGUGUCCCCUCAGUGCCCCCUACUUUGUCAUCUAGCGUCCAGCUAGGUAUCUGGAGAUUAUAAGGGGCUGGGAUUUAAAAAAAAAAUCAGAAGAAAAAAAUUUUAGAAACUACAAAAUCCUUCAGUGGGUCCAAGAAAUAAGCGAUUAAAAUCAUAAGAGAAGUACAAAGACCCCCAAUGAUUAAAUGGGCAGAGGCUGUCCUAGGAAGCCACGUACAUACUUGUCGGGCUCCCCAAGCAAAGGCACCUAACAAAAAUUGGUCAAAAAGGCCUUAUCUCCCUAAAACUUAGCAAAUAUCUAUGUGUACGCUUAUGUAUAUACUUUUUUUUCCCCCAGUGGAGAUGCCUGACGGCGAUGUUGUACUUUCUUGGGGGCUGUGGACAGCCAUUCUGGUGGACAAUUUGAUAGCUUAAAAGUCCCUGCUCUUUGAUCUAGUAAUUCCACUUCUGGGAACCUGUCCUAAAUAACUAUUGGGGGAAAAACGGUCAAACUCAAUGAUGCAUGUCCUUUUAUAGGGGUUAUUAAUUUCAGAAGGGAACUGGAAACCACCAAAAUGCCCAGGCAGCAGAAAUCAUGCUGAGUAUAUUAAAGGUGGGGCUGCUUCUGCUGAGGAUGAGAGGGCCCCAGGCACAGGGUCUGCAGGGAAAACUGAUAGUAGAAGAGGCAGGAAUGAGUUUCAUGUGCUGUGGGUUUAGUUCUCUAAGGCAGAUAAACUGUUCUCUAGAAAUGAACAGGCAGAGAGGAAUGCCUGAAAGUCCUUGAGGUGUUUGGAAGGGAACAAACCUGAGCAAGUCAACUGCACCUCCUGCUACUGUGGGUGAAACAGGCCUAUGGGGCUCUGGGGUCGUCUUGGCUCCAAAUCUAAGGUCUUUCCUGAGUUGGUUUUAGGGGAUUAGGAGCCAAAUGCCCCUUUGUCCUGUCCCCACCUUUUCUGAGCCCCUGCUGCUGCUGGAGGCCAUCUAGAAGGGAGGAGAUGACCUGCUGGCUGAAUCAGCCCUGCGCUGCCCCUGCAGACACCGUGGCACCGACAGUCAGCCCAAGGAGCAGGGCACCACUGGCCCGCAACCACGUGCAGGAGGUGUGCCUGCACCAGGUGGACUCUAUCAGUGACCUACACAGUGGAGGUUCACUGUGCCCCUACCUGGCCGAGGAGGCGCAGCCAUGGGAUGAGCUGCUGGGCAUCCUGCCGCCAUCACUGUGCACGCAGACCAGCUGCAGCUCUGUGCACAGCCGAGGGGCCUUUCUGCUGCUGCUCGCGCUGCUGGUGCUCACCUGCCUGGCACUCGCCGUCCUGGCUGUCUACCUUAGUGUGCUGCAGAGUGAAUCCCUACGUGUGCUGGCGCACACACUCCGUACACAGGAGGAGACGCUACUCAAACUCCGGCUAGCCAGCCUCAGCCAGCUGCGAAGGCUCAACUCCAGUGAGGCUCGAGCACCCAGCUGAGAUGCCACUUGGGCCUGGGGCCUGGGGGUACGUGCAGGGGGGAAUAAAGUGGCUGUUCGUAGGUUUCUCCUCUCCCACUGCUGCUUUACACUACUUCCUUGGUGAGGUUUUUGUACAAGAGCCCGGUCUGACCCUACAGCUGCCUGCCUCGGCUUCUCAGCCUAGGCCCAGUCAAGACUUCUGGUGCCAAGGCCCUACUUUGGGUGGCCCAAGGUCAGAGGAAGCGACACCAGCCUCCUGGCUCCUCUUGUGGCCUGUCAGCACCCUCUGGCCUCCCCCAGAUAACAGGUUCAGAAGCCUAGAAAUAGCUGCCUACCCCCAUCACCUAAACUUUGCCAGGCCUCCCAGUGGGGGUCCAGCCUCAGCUCUCAAAAGACAGGCUGGCCACCUGGGAAGAGACUAUCUUGGAGGGCAAAGGUGAGACGGGGAGGCCCGGUUGGUCCCAAGCCUGUGAUGGUGGAGAGGGAGGGAGUGAGUACAGGCAGAAAUACCCAGAAGCCAGGGCCACAGAAGGCUGAGCAUUCUGUUUAAUUAAUUAUAUCUAAUAAUCUUUUAAAAAUUAGCACAUAAAUCCAUUCCUCCCCACCUGUUGUAGUGGCAUCUGUCCAAAUACCACCCCCACCCCCAGGAAGUGGCUCAUCCCAGGGCAGCAAGGCCUGAGAAAGUAAUAAACAGCCCUUUUCUUCCUGCCCCACAGCCCUGAGACAGGGCAGGAAGAGGCCACAGGGCAGAGUGCAGGGGCAAAGUGCCAGGAUCCCAAGCAACCUGGCCUCCAGCCACCCACCCCCAUGUCUGUUUUUUGGUUUUGUCAUUAAAAAAAUAAAGCGACAAUUCCUGGCAAGA